AUGGCAGCCGUCUGGGGACAGCCCAGCUACAGGGGCCCUGGGCAUGCUUGCCUUGCCAUCUCUCCCAGAUUCCCAGAUCUGGUGCAGAGCGUGGAUGGAUAUCAGGCGCCGUGGUUGCACAUGGCCGCUACGCUCUGCAGGAAGUCGCCUUCAAGCAGAGGCUCCCCACCUCAACCACCGCUAGUCGGGCGAACCGGUAGCAAGAGUCCAAUCCUCAUCCCCGGUCUUGGCUGUGGCUUCGGGAAUCUGGGCAAGCGGCAAGUCGAUCAUCAUGAUCCAGCCCGCAUCGGGACUCGAGAAAACCUUGCCAGUCCCAUCUGUGGUCCCAUUUGUCAAAAGAAGGGGCCACCCUUCACGAGCACAAUUAUGCUGGCAAACAAGCCUCAGUCCCGCAGAUGUUUCGGGCUGGCGGACUCAGCGGACACUCCCCUUCUCACUUUGAAGGAAGAGGAACUUCCCAGAAGAAGACUGACUGGAAAGGAAGGAAUUCAGCACAUUGACGCCCUUUCAGACAGCCACCAUUUUCGGGCUACAUGGGAAAGUGAUGAUUGGCAUCGCCAGCCAUUAUGCAGGUGCAGGGUGAGGUUUGCUCAGCUGCUUCUGCAUCAAGCCAAUCAGACCUCACAAUUUCAGAUGUGCUCGUCGCUCGCCCCGCUCAUUAAUGAUAAUAGCCCGGUCUUGCAUAUGCCUCCGUUGCGACACCCUUUUUCCUCUUGCGUGUUGACAUUUCAUCUUCUUGUCAUAACGAAAAACUUCCUCGCACAAGAUUUCCGAACCUCAACAACAGUGCCAACCUCGAGACUCGCAACCACACAAUCUGACAGAUUCACUCCUAUGCCACAUCGAGAUAUGUACAUUUUAUCGUCCAAUCGGCGUUCCUUAUUUACGCCCGCACUUCCGCACAACUUUCCGCACGGCACUCGAUUCAGGGACACGGGACAGUAUCAAGAAGCAACCUUAACGACGCCGCGAUCUCGGCCUUGGCAGGAUGCGCCAACAGAUACCACUAAGUAUCCGGGAGCACUAACAAGCAAUUAUCUAGUGCAGUCUUGGUUCCAUAUGAAAGAUUCUGUGCAAUCCAGAAACUAUAUUUCCAUCCAUGCUGCACUGCAUCCGCUCGACUGUCUUAGCUUUGGUCUCCCUGCACAUCUUGCCUCCCGAACUAGAUUUCAUCUCAACAACAAUUCCCCUCCUAUUUCCUUGUCUCCGCUCUCCUCGCCUUCCUUUCCUUCCAGAUUUGACACUACUAACAUCCAACCGUUCUUGGCUCAAUAUCUGGCCGAAACCCCUGUCAUCCCCCAUUGGAUCUCACCGUCAAGUUUUGAAAUUGCAGAUCGCAUCGGGAAGAAUAUGUCUGGCGCAACUCAAGCUUGCGGACCGCGCGUAGUCUUCAAAAUCGCCUAUCGCUGGCGAAGCCACAUCAUGCUAGCUGAGACAUACCUAGGUAAUCAUGUCACCACCUUGUCGAAAUGGUGGGAAGGGGGAGCAGCGAAAGGUCUUGCAGUUUUCAUCCCGCCCAAGAUUGGAAGUGUCAUGUUAAACCCUGUUACCGUACUCUCCGUGCUCUUCCUUGCAUUGAGGACCCUUGGUCCAUGCGAGAACUUGAAAGAACUUCCCCGGAGCUUCAACGUUUGUAAGACUUCGACUUCUCUUGGUAGCACUUGUCCUCCUCAGGGCUUCCAACGAGGCGUAGUACUGUACGAUUAG